UCUCAUCUCUAAUGCCACAGUGCUGCUCUCACUGUCAUCAUCUCACGGUGGAGUGGAAAUAAACACUGUGUCUGUUUAAUUCAGUUGAGUUGUCAGGGUUGCUUCAUUACGUGGCGCAGCAGGUAGCAGCUGCCAAAGGCUUCUAAUCCUCUGGUGUGGAAAGGAUCAGGGAGAAGGUGGCGUGUCCUCUCGGCGAGAGCACAGGACACGUUGGACAGGUACCUGACUCUGGGAGCCUAAUCUCCAUCUGUAAUGAGGCGUGGGGCCGAUGUCAAGUAUUUGAAAACUCAGCUUCGGGUGACAGCAGCAAAAGUGAUGGAAUACAGAUUUGGACGUGUUCACGCAGAAGGACAGAUCUGGCUUCAUGGCAACAUGUAUGCGCCUCUCUCAGAGGGAGCGUGAUGGGAUUUUGGCUUCUGUAGGGACUUGCAGUCAGCGACUCGCAGCAACACAGCUUUUCCGCGCAUUUAUGAAUCAUUACAGAGGAAUCUGUUGGAUAAACAUCUGUUUGAAGCUGUUUUUCGAAGUGAUUACUUCUUUCGGAGUUGUGUAUAUGAAGGAUGUAAGACAAGAACCUGCACAGUAAACAUUUAAAGAACCGCCCAUGAACAGCUGCUUUUGUAAACAGAGGUCAGCUGAACAGGCACGCUGUGGAGUCUGGAUAAGCCGGGCAGACGGGGCCCAAUGCUUCUCCUCAUUCUAAAAUGAAGUUAUGGAAGUUUGCUGCCCUCGGCCUGAUUCUCUGUGGUGCUGCACUCCCCCUGCUUGUCAUUAAAACCACUUCCUCUUCCAGAGCCCCGCCCCCUCCUCCCCACCGCAGAGCUUCAUCCUCAUCGUUUUCACCACCAUCAUCUUCAGUACACACCAGUAAUCCGUCGCCUUCCACUGGGGUUGGUGGGCGGCAACGGAGGGUCAGAUCAGCUGACGGAGGAAACUCUUUCGUCUCAGAGUUCAUGGAGAUGUUCCAGAGCUUUACAGAGGGCGAGCUUAAGCAGGUCAUUGGGACACUGGUGGAAAGGAAAGCCCGUAGAGAUGCCCAGCAGAGCAAAAGGACUAAACGGGCUAAAAAGCGAGCGAAACCCUGCUCGCUGCGGGAGGUGGAGGUGACGGUCAGUCAGCUGGGGUUAGGCUACGUCAGUGACGAGACUAUAGUCUUCCAUUACUGCAGCGGGAAGUGCACCACUAGCCGCAAAAACUAUGACCUGACGCUGGCGUUCAUGAAGCGCUCGCGCCUGCUCACAAAGGACCAGAAGGACAAGGCUCGUCACAGCCCCUGCUGUCGGCCCACCGCGUACGAGGAGGACAUCUCCUUCCUCGAUAACUUCAAUCGAUACCACACAAUCCGAGAGUUUUCGGCCCAAGCAUGUGGAUGCGUCUGACUUUGAGAGUCCUCGAAACAUUUAGGAACCAUCAAAUGUUUUAAUCAAUCAAG